AUGCCUGCCGCACGACCCUCUCUUGAUACCCCUCGCGAUGGAAACCCAGUACAGGAACAUCGGCCGUCGUCCAGCGCGCCAUUGAACGGAAAAUUAGGGGGAGGUGAUGGAGGAAGCGAUGUGUUCAACUUCAUGCGAUUGCAUGGCAAAACCACGGUCCAGCAGCUCGAGGUCCUGAAUAAUAUGAUGUCCGUUGCGGUCCGAACGAAGGAGGGUGCCGAGGCGACGCUGAAGAUGCGCGAUGCGCCGCUUUCGGAUUCCUUCCGCAUUCUCGUGGAAUCUGAGCUCCAGACAGCGAAGACAAGAAUAGACGCCAUCCAGCGCAAGAUCGAGGAGAGACAGAAACGUGACGUCGAACAGGAUGGGUUCCGUACUGCCUUGCAACAGGCUUCUUCAUACAUUCGAGUCCUCGCUUCUGCGGGAAGUCGAGCGCCUACGUCCCCAUCAGCAUCACCAACGGCAUCAUCAUCUUCCAUACCGGAUGCGACCACCGAUGCCGAAGCAAACCGCAUACGAGCAGAUGCUAUGACUCAGCUUAUUGUCGUCCUGCAGCGCAACCUACGCGUGCGAUACGAGCUGGAUGUGGCGCAAGUGGUCAAGGUUGUACUACCAGCGCUAUCGACCAGGUCGACGCAAUUCUGUCGCGCCACGGCAUAUCGGCUACUGCGACAUCUACUGGUAGACGCUGACUCGGUGACGAAAUUACACGAGCAACCGCUUGACUGGUACAUCGUCAAGUCACUCACGCUCGACAACAAGAAUACCGUCGAAAAGGAGCAGGUCAUCAAGCUCAUUCGUGCGAUCGUCGAGAUCGGCAGUCACCGUGUCGAAUCUCAGACGGCCACUACGUCCGGAAAGGUGAUGCUCUCCGAGGAGGUUAUGCGAGCAUUCGUCGCUGUUGCCGAGCAGCCGGACGAUCCAUUCAAGAACAUAUGUGUCCAAACUCUGGCGGAGAUUUUACUCAUCGAUAUGGAGCUCGUAGUCAAUUCUGGCGGCAUGCGUACUCUCUUGCAUGUUUUGGCGGAGGGACCUAUGGAGCUGUCGAGCCUCCUUACGUCUGUCUUCCUCUAUGUGGUCGACUCGCCAAAGACGAGGAGCUACCUGAUGCCUGGAUCCGAGAUGGAGAUCGUGCUCUCUGGCCUCACGGACGCGUACGGUCAGGCAGACUCUGAAACCAUACAGCGAACGAAGGAUGUAUGUAAGAUUGUUGCCACCAUGCUGAGGACCUGGAGCGGGUUGAUAUACUUCUGCAUGGACGAUCUAAAAGCGAUAAAAACACUCGUUGAUACGCUAAGGAUACCAUCGCUGGAUUCUAGAGAAGUUAUACUGGACAUGUUCUUCAACCUGUUGAAGAUCAAGACGCCGGAAUGGUACCAGAGCUUCAUUAGCGGCAGAAGAUUGACAAUGUACAGAAAGUCACGACAACCCGAGUCGCAGCAGCAGCAGCAACAGAAGCGCGAGGAGGCCGCCGCACCCAAGCCGUCAGACUCCUUCCGCCUAACGGACCAGUAUAUCGCAUUGCUAAUCCUUGUCUUCAACAAGGCCGGGCUUCUUGACGCACUCGCCGCGAUGUUCGAGGAGAGCACGCAAGGCUCAAACUUGUCUCGUAAAGCGACUCUGCUCAUGGCCGAGAUCUUGCAACUGUCGAACAAGGUCCUGCCCCUUUCGAUCGCCGCCAAGGUGCAGCUCAUUCCGCGCGUCUUCAACCUCGCAUCCGACUACCAAGAUGGCGAACAUCGCAUAAUCGGCACGAAUGCUCUUUCUUCCAUCGACAGCUUCAACCGGAAUCGUGCGCGUCUACAGCCGACAGAGACUACUUCGUCGCAACGGAGUCGACCAAGAGCCAAUUCGGCCGAUGACAAUAUCCGGCGCGGUCAACGGCUCGAGCAGGUGAAGAUCAAAAUGGGCUUGCAGAUGGACGACAAGCAAUUUCAAGCCGCCUUACUUGAGUCACAGGUCAUGCUUACGAAGGACCACCUCAAAUGGAACUUCGACACGCUCAUGGAACUUAUCGAAGGACCUCUACUCAACCCGAAGCGCAUGGAGGAGGCCAUCAAGGUUUCGCGCUUCAUCCGGAAGCUCAUGUCGUUCUUCCAUCCAUUCUCGCACCGGUUCUCCGACAUCAAGAAGAGCAAGGAAAACAUCAAGUGGGUUCGUUUGGGAUGUUCGCUCCUCACAACGUUGCUCUCGAGCGCGGAUGGGAUCCGAUACCUUGCGAAUGAAGACGACUUCUUGAAGCAGCUUUGCCGGAGCUUUGCUCAACUGGACCCCUUCUACGGAGCGCGCGAGCAAGACCCCAUCUUCUCGACCAAGCGAGUGGCAGAGACGCUCACAUAUGGGUACUUGGAGAUGUUGGGGACGCUAAGCAAGCAGAAGGAGGGCAUAGAACUUAUGGAGAGGUUCAAGAUCUUCACGGCUUUUUACCACCUUAGCGAGCUGCGUAGUAGGGAGGACCUCAUCAAGGGCAUCAUCGAGAACAUGGACUAUGGAAUUGACGGCCACCCGCGAAUCGUCCUGUCAAAGACACUGACAUCGAGCUACAAGCACAUCCGUCUCUACGCCACGAAUCACCUCGGCCAGAUGAUCAUGAACAGCACAACAGCGAACGCGUGGACGCUCCGUCUUUUGCUCACGCAGCUCUACGAUCCCGCCAUGGAAGUGUGUCAGAUGGCGACGCACUUCCUGGAGGAGGCGUGCGAAUCUAUGGACGUGUUGCAGCUCGUUGUGGCCAUGCAGCCUACGCUGGAUCACCUUGGCGAGGUUGGACACACGCUGUUGCUCAGGUUCACGUCCACACCUAUGGGCUUCCGAUACUUGUAUAACGCGAGCUACAUCGACCGCGAGAUGGAUCUUUGGUUUCACGAGAAGAAUAUCCACUAUGUGGUGGACAUGGAGGUCUUCCUGGCUAAGGCAUUCGAGGCUCUUCCUUGGGACGACGAUGACGAGCUCUUGUCUUUUGACGGCGCGGUGCCGCCACAUUUCUACGGCGUUAUGGCGAAGACGGAGCUGGGAUGCCAGGUCCUGCACGAGAAGGGUCACUUCGCCGAGUUCGCACUGUUCAUCAGGCAACAUGGGUUGGAGAAGGAAGACUCGGAGGUGAUAUUGAAGCUGAAGAGCUUCUUGUGGGCUGUCGGUAAUAUCGGUUCCGCGCCGGGUGGCUUGCCCUUCCUUGAAGAGGAAGAGAUUAUACCCGUGAUCCUGGAGAUCGCGGAGCAAUCCGAGGUACUGUCCGUACGAGGGACCUGCUUCUUCGUCCUCGGUCUCAUCUCGUCAACGCCGCAAGGUGCCGAGAUCCUUGACGAUUUCAAGUGGGAAGCAACGAUCUCUCCGCUCGGUUUACCCACGGGCGUCUGCGUGCCCAUGGAUAUCGAGAACUUCCUUUCGCUUCCCGCGUGGACUGUCACAAACAACGGCAAAGAUAUACGCCUUACGCCUCCCUCAUCCCAACAGGAGAUAGAGGUCCUUACGGCGAUCUCAAACUUGUCGAACGCCGUCAUUGCCAAUACCGCUUCUCGCUCACUAGCCAAAUUGAAGUCACGGCCAGAGUACAAGCAUAUCUUCUCGUCCAUUCCCAUGUUCUAUCGCGCGCUGCACAUCAUCUCGACCUCGCGCUAUCGCCUACCAGUCCGCCGCUUCAUCUUUGAUCUUUUCGACAUCCAGCUCGACCCGGACAACGUUGCGGGGCUGGCCGAUGCUUCCCGCACACUCGUGAUGGGCCCCGCCAAGCCACCUGCUGCCGGACGUCGACGUGCGAUGAGCGUCUUGUUCGCGGCGCCGAAGGCCCAAGCUCAGGGCAGUGACGAUGAAGAGGAUACCGGACUCGCUACACACAGGCCGGGCGCGAAGAAGGGGCAUGCACCGCCCACGGUUUCGUUGAGACCGAAGAGUACCAUUCAGGGAUUUGGUGAAGCUCUGCCGGAGGAGUCGCUGUGA